UUUCGAUCUGUCCCAAAUAGACUCAAGGAGUUCCACCUUUUACGAACUCUUCUCUUCAUCUAAAAUUUAGGUUCCAUUUUUGUUUUUUGGUUUGUCUUUUGGUACUUAGUUUAUUAGCUCAAGAGUAGCACUUCUAUUGGGUUACUUUCUUUUUUGUUUUGGGGUUUGGAAUUUGUUCUUGGAAAAAUGAAAGAAAGCACGGGAAACCCAUUGCUUAUCAAAUCUUUGAACCACAUCUCACUUGUUUGUAGAUCAGUUGAGGAGUCCAUAGAUUUCUAUCAGAAUGUUCUUGGGUUUGUCCCUAUCAGGAGGCCCGGCUCUUUUGAUUUUGACGGUGCAUGGCUGUUUGGGUACGGGAUGGGAAUCCAUUUAUUGCAAUCAGAGGACCUGGAGAGCAUGCCCAAGAAGACUGAAAUUAAUCCAAAGGAUAAUCAUAUCUCUUUCCAGAGAGAAAAGGAUGACCCUCGCCCAGCUUUUGGGGAAAUUUUGGUGUGAGAGCAUGGGUGCAGUUGAGAAGAAGCUGAAGGAGAUGGAGAUUUCUUACGUGCGAUCAAUGGUGGAGGAAGGUGGGAUUCAUGUUGAUCAACUCUUCUUCCAUGACCCAGAUGGCUUCAUGGUGGAGAUAUGUGAUUGUGACAACCUCCCUGUGAUUCCAUUAGCCGGCGAGAUGGCUCGAUCUUGCUCGCGCCUAAACGUUCAGAUGGUGCAGCAUCAGCAGCAGAUCCGAGUGAUUCAACAAUAAGAAACAAGAUUUGUUAGGUGGAGUUGUUGACAAUAAAAUUCAUGAGAACUGCUUGCUUGUUUUUAUUUGUAUGUCAUUUUCUAUUUGCUUAAGUCUUGUAAUAAGACAAGAUUUGACAGUGAGAACUCAUACAAAGUGAGGACUCGGGUUUGUUAAAAAACUUUUAAAAUUGGAAUCUAUUGAUCUGUCUUGCCUUUUUAAA